AUGAUCAAACCUGAACACAGAUUCUUUAGCGACGGUCACGAUUUGCACGGCCAGGACCAUGAGGAUCCGGAGAGCGAGACCACCGCCGGGGUUUGGGACUGGGAGCAACUGAAGCAAUUCACGAUCAAAAGUCACAUCAAAUUCCUGCCUCCUUUUGGGGAGGUGAAGAUCCCCAAUCUGGCAAACAUCCUUGAUGUUGUCUCGCCCCAAGUGACCGAACUAUCAUUUGACGGCAACGGCCUCUUAACUGGCGUUUCGACUGACCCGGAAAAAGACCAAACAUGGCUUCUUGCAAAUCUCCCGUUCUCACUCUGCACGUCGCUGGCCGACUGCCGUGUAGUCAAUUACACCGAGCUCCAGGAACUUAAAAGGUUCGGGCACAAUGUCGUUAUCUCAUCGUACGAGGACGAAAACAGGGUUACUCAAAAGGUAGCCUUCAAGUUCAAUGUACUCCCCAAGGUAGUGCCGAUGCAAAAGGCAUGGGAUGAGCUGAAUCUUGUGAAAAGCCUACCUCCUCACCCUAACAUCCUCCCCAUGGACCGCGUUGUUCUGGACUACGGAGACGUACAACCUAGAGUACUAGGUUUCACAACAAAGUACAUCGAAGGCGGGACCCUCGAGGAUAUGGAUCCAAACAUACCCUUCCGCCUCGAGUGGCUACAGCAGCUGUUGGACGUGGUGGACUUCCUGAACUUGGAACUCGGCAUUAUGCACCAAGACAUCGCACCCCGAAAGUUACUGGUCGAUCACGACGCCAACAAAAUCAUCCUUUUCGACUUUAACUACGCCGCUGUGGGAGAUUACAUGAUGUACGGCAACCGCGACGACAUAAUGGGCGUCGUGUUUACGCUCUACGAACUCAUCACCAAAGAUGAUCAAUUUGCGAUGGUCCACCCCUGGGAUAAGAACAUGGACAUGGUUCAGAGUAAGGCCGAGUGGCCCGCCAACCGCCUGCUGGACGCUGAUGUUUCGGAAUUCCGCGCCGUGCUGAACAAAUGGGUAGCCAAGCGCCACUCAGAUGGGGAAAGGGGCAUGAAGCAAUAUAUGGAAGCAUGGAAGCGGCGUGGAUUUACAUUGCCCAACCGCCCAGAACCACCGGAGCACAGUGUCCCCUUCCAGUCCGCGGCGUGGCAAGAUGGAACGCCGUCCUUUACAACCGGCAUUAGGACUAGGACAACGGCCAUGGAGCUCGGGCAAUAUGUCUUCCGGUGGGAAAGACCUCCCCAGUGCCGUCUGCCGAAAGAGAGCAGGAAGAGGGCUAGGCAUGAAGUCGAUUAG